CGGUGCAAACCCUAAAAGUCAGGCAGCAGCUAGCGGCCCACGCGACAAGGUCUCCCCCUUGCACAAUGCCAAUGAGUCAUGUGCAAGUUUCCGUCCCCCCUCCUGAUCUCAGUGUGAUCCCGGGCCCAUGGGGGGGCAAUGGACGGACUAGGACUUAGAAAAGUCGCCUGGCGGAGGGGAGUUGCAGCUGAUCAGCAUUGGAGACUUUAUUUUGAGGUUGACAAAGCCCUAUGACAGUAAUGUGGGCCAAUGCAGCUCGAAGCACUCAUCAAACUGGGCUGAGGUGACCAGGUAGCCAUGACAUAGGAUAGAUCAGAGGGUCUCAUAUGAGAAACGAAAGAUUGGCUUACUACUUGGGGGUAAUGUCUAGUUCUUGAGAAAGUGCCAGACAACUGCCGAGCCAGUUAUUGAAACAAGCUUAUCAGGGAGCCACUCUAGGUAAAGUCUCUAGAUCACCUGUCGCUGCGGGAUUCUUCAUUUGCAUUAGAAUGAGGUUGGAACUUGAGCGCAAGGUGCCGAUCAUGCCUGGCUCCAAAGCAUCCAACCUCGGGUUGACACAGAAGCAGGCGCUUGACUGCCUAGUUGCCAAGACCAGUUGAGGGUAGGCAGUCAAGUCAGGAGCCAUGGCUUCUGCUAGCAGUGGACCCAAGCAGGAUACGGGGAAGGGCGAGUCGCGGAUAGACCAGUAUGACGUGCUGGAGCAGGUGGGGAAGGGGGCGUUUGGUGCCGCCAUUCUAGUUAUUCACCGGCAGGAGCGCUGCAAGUACGUCAUGAAGAAGAUCCGCCUCGCCCGCGCAUCGGAGCGCGCUAAAAGGUCUGCGUACCAGGAGAUGCGGCUGCUGUCCAGCCUGGACCACCCCCACGUGGUCAGCUGCCGCGACUGCUGGGUCGAGAAGGGGGUCUACGUGUGCAUCGUCACCGGCUACUGCGAGGGGGGCGACGUAGCAGACCUGCUGCGGCGCGCGGAUGGGCGCCUGUUCUCGGAAGGCCGGCUGAUCAAGUGGUUCGUCCAGAUUCUACUGGCGCUGCAAUACCUGCAUGCGCACAAAGUCCUGCACAGAGACCUCAAGUGCUCGAACCUGUUUCUCACGCGCGACGGCGACGUCCGCAUCGGCGAUUUCGGGCUGGCGCGCGUGCUCGAGGAAAACCAGCUGACAACUAGUGUGGUGGGCACGCCCAACUACAUGUGCCCGGAGCUGCUGGCGGACCAGCCGUACGGCUUCAAGAGCGACGUCUGGAGCCUCGGCUGCUGCAUGUACGAGCUCACGGGGCACCGCCCGCCCUUCAAGGCCUUCGACAUGCAGGGGCUGAUCCAGAAGAUUACGAAGGGCACCCUGCCGCCGCUCCCGUCCGAGUACUCCGCAGACUGGAAAGCGGUCAUCAAGAGCAUGCUGCGGAAGAUUCCCGAGCAACGGCCCUCGGUGGACGAUUUGCUCGAGCACCCAUACUUAGCCCCGCACGUCGCCGCCUGCCGGCAGCGCCUCAAUGCGCUACAGGCCGUUCCUGAAGCGCCUCUUCCCAUCCCACAUGAGCAAAUCUUCUCGGAGAUCAUACACCAAGACACGCCAGUCGAGCCCACCUCCGAAGGGUCCAUUCUCACUGAUGAAGCCUCUCAGGAGCCGAUUCACACUGACGAGCCGCGCCGGAGCGACGACUUGGCGAGAGCCGCGCUCCGGAAGUCCGCGGAGAGUCUGGUGCGGAACGGGGAGAGUCUCGGGGCCUCGCUUUUGAGAAACUCGGCGGACGGCGUUGUCCGGAAGAGCGGAAGCGUGGACGGGUUUGGGCCGGAGCCCUCUGCUUCACCGCAGGUCGUGAUUGGCAGCAAACGGGGGGCGGCCUUUGCGGAGGUAGAAGCUGAGCCGGGUGAAGAGGUUGGGCUUCGAAAAGAGACUUUGGGAGGUGGAUCAGGAACGGGGGCUGUGACUGCCGGGCAGCAAUUCGCCGCUGCUAGGGUUGAGCAAUUGGAUGCCCUGGCUUCGAAGGACGGCAUGUGGAUGGGGGGGGAUGGUCGCUUUGCUACGAAAUCAGAAGUAGGCGACUUUCCAACUGAAUCAGAGGUAGGGGACCUCACAGAGCGAGAAGUCAAAUCGGCAAUUGACAGCACUGCGCAACAGGACAGGCUAGUCCCGGGGGGGACUUCGCGGAUGACCGAGAGUAGACAUGUACUAGAAUCGGACAGCCCCGACGCUGAUGUGACGUCACAAGGGGCUGUAACAGACAGUCUGGACCGCCGCGCUGCAGCACAGACAGCCGCAAACAGCGCUAACAGACAGCCAGGACCGCCCUCAGUAGUCGCAGCCAGCAGUGUUGCCGGUGAUGACAGCAUGACGUCAGCAUUCAGGCAGGACAGCGACAGCGUGCAAACGGCUCGUAGAGAGCUCACUGUUAGACGGAGCGGAGCGUCACCCGCGUUGCAGCAGGACGGGAUAGAGUCGUCAGUUGUCAAGCAGCGCGCGUUUCAGAAACGGGUUGCCGCCUUAGGGGUCCCCAGUGCGCAAGCGCGGACGCCUUCUAAAGCGAGUUCGAUUAGUUCUGCCUCCAGCACGCCCUCACAGCCCAGCCCCAGAACUCCCCUGGUCACGCCCAAACAGAACCGGGUCCCCUGGGGGCUUUCUCCAACAUCGACCCUGAAAACCCCGGUUAAGCGCCAAACCCCGCUGACCGAACCCAAACCUUCGAAACCGUCCGAGGGGUCCCUGUCAAAGCGCCCCACCUCAGCGCCGCCAAAGAGCACUUUGGCCGCUGCAAACAGAAUGACGUCAGCCACCGUGCCCGGAAGGCCGCAGACGGCGGCCAGUUCAACAACUGCGGGGCUGACACGUGGCACGAUUCCAGGUACGAAGAGGAACGGACUGACGGCCACGGGGGAGAGGCGGGAAGCAGGCGAGAGGCGGUUCAACUUUGCCGCAGCGAGGAACGGUUUGCAGAAUCCCAACAGUGGUGGGGAAAGGAAAGCGGCGGGGUGGGAGGAACUAGGGAUGGGGCGGCAAAGCAAGCCGGCGGUGCUGGGAACGAUACGAGAGCAGGCUGGACUAGAGGGGCCCGUGAGAAAGCAAGCGGACAGAAGCACGGUGGCAAAGGGGGCCGCGACGGUCAAGAAACUUGCUUCCGGAAAACGUGGCCAAUCUCCAUCAGAGACAACAAGUCCCUUGUCAAGUGGGCUUGUUCGGAAGGCGUUCUCACCGCGAUGCAACACCACCAAAGCAGAGCCAACCCCUCCUAGCAAAAUUCCAAAGGCCUUGCCAAAGGGGACGGUGCCAGAAGCCUCCACGCCAAAGUCCAGCGCAGCAGCCAACAAGAAACCGGCCAGCCCUUCCGGGGUUACGUUAACCGGCUUGGCAACCCCCGGUUCAACACCCCGGACAAAACCGGCGAUCGUCAAAUCCUCUCCAAAGUCGUCAAUUCCCAGCAACAUCAGUGCCAGCCCGAAGACCCCCAGCAAGCCGAAUCUUACAGCCCCUAGUGUAAAUAAGCCCUUGGUAGCCAAAAGCCCCCGUCAAAAUGCCCGAGCCUCGAGCCCGCUCAGGUCGCGGCCAAACUCUAUGCCCAACACUCCUACGCCCAGAAGUCCUGGAGUGUGGGGCAGACCCUCUCCGAAACCCUCUCCCAAACCCUCUCACAAACUCUCCCCCAAACCCUCUUCCAAACCCUCUUCAGCGCAGCCCUCUCCUCGCCUCGGCCUUCUUUCCACUCCCUCUCAAAAGAACAAGUUGCCAAAAUCGCCCACAGGAGGAGGAGCGAACAAGGCCUCGGUUCUAGCGAGAGUGUCGAGUUCUGAAGUGGGCGCUGGGGCCGGUUCUUUGACACCGGAACUGAGUCCGCUGGCGCUGGCUCGGGCGGAGUUGAAGAGGCGGGGCUUCGCCGCCCUGAAAGUGGACACCAGCCCAGAGGACCUUCUGCGGGAGUCGCUGACGGGGAGGCUGCCGGGGGGUCAGUUCGCAGGGCAACCGGCGGACGAUACUCUAGCGUUGAACGCGCGUGUGAGCGAGUUGGAGGACAUCCUGGGUCGCUGCUGCCGAUUGCACAACCAGGAGCGCUUCCAGGAGCUGGGGGCCCUCUUAAAGACCGUUGCGGAAGCAAGCGCGGCGCUCGGCAAAAUGGUGGGGGCAUCUCCGGGGGUAGGGAUCGGUGGGGAACUAGAACGAGUGCUGCGCCGGAGCCAGGGACGGAGCAAGGUACUGCUGCCCACCGACCUCCAGGUGGGCGACCCCGUUCUAGUUGCCCACCGAAACCAGCCCGGCUUCGUCCGCUUCAAGGGCCUAACCCACUUCGGAACCGGGGAGUGGGUCGGCGUCGAGCUCGGCGUCCCCGCCGGCAAGCACAACGGCACGUGGCAGGGCGUCACGUACUUCGAGUGCCCCGCGAACCACGGCAUCUUCGUCCGCGCCACCAGCCUGGAGCGCCGGGCGCUCGCUGACGUCAGCGUCGUCAGCGGGGAAGCUGCUGACAUCAGCGGAGAUGUGCCGCCGGACGGUGUCAAAGGACAGCGAGGGGCGCGGUUGGAUGCGCCGCAGGGUCCCGACGAGGGGGUAACCGAGGGCGAAGUAGGAGAGGCGAAAGUUGGACAAGAGGGAUCAUCGUCGGGACCUCAGCCUGGGCACGCGAAGUUGGCUAAUGGUCGGUAUAAGCCGAGUGGUGACGUUGCAAGUGGCAACGCGCUUUACAGCCCUUGGAGUAGCUGUGACUCUCCCCGAGCAGCCCGACCCAUGAGUCCCGCCAGGCGGCGCCUGUUCUCACCGCCCGACGGCCGUCCGGAGUCCGUGCUUGGAGAGGGCGAUGAAAAUGCGCCCUACGAGCCAUUCCCGACUUCGAUGUCUCCCAGGCUGCGGAAGGGCCCGUUCACACCUGCGCCGCGGUCACCUUCGCCCCUCAGGCAGCGAGCAGGUCCGUCCUCCGUCGUUCCGUUUUCCGGUCGGUUAUUGGUUCCAUCGCAGGCUGUCACCAGCCCGGAAAGGUCCUUAGCCACAUUCAGUCCCGUCAGGAGGGAAAGAUGAUUGCUGCAAAGGGCGUAUACGAAGCUUGCGAGCUUCAAUCUUGUUUUGAAGAGGUACAAGAUUCACUGAUGUAUUUGACUAGUAAGAGAUUACUGCUUAUUCUGUUGUCGAGCACACCUUGGUGGCGCUUCGUUGUGUGUUUUAUUUACGAGUCCAAAAACUGAGAAGUAAUUCUAAUCAGGUUUGUACCGCUUCCAUCCAAAGUUUGAGUUUUCGUCAUCACGAAUUAUCGUAGCAUAGGACCGGUAGAUAUCAACUGACUACUUUUGGUACGCUCGCAUUAGCUUUUCGACUGGCACCGGACUGGCGGUAGAUUAUGGAGCCUUGUUUAUUAACUUGUUAGACCGGCCUGUUUGGUCCAUCUGUUUGAUAGGCUUAAAAUGAAAACGUCACAAACGACUUGUCGUCAAGGCCGCGCCACCAGCAGGAACGCUUUUGAGCGUGAUGUGUGAACCGUCGGGCAAUAUCAUUCAAGCUUACUGGCCUAGAUUUCUUAUCCACAG